AUGUCGAACCAUAGUACUGGCUUUACAGCCCAUAUGCUGAACAUCCAUACGCUCUGUUCAGGAUUUGCUCUGAUUAUUUCUCUGGGCAUUACUUAUCUCUUCGGAACUGUCAUUUACAACGUCUUCUUCCACCCUCUGCGCAAAUAUCCCGGACCAAAGCUCUGGGCAGCCACGCGAAUCCCAUUUGCUCGUAGCACCCUCUCGGGCCAGGUACACCGCAAGAUCUUGGAGCUGCAUCAAGAAUACGGACCCAUCGUCCGAGUCGCCCCUAACGAGCUCGCUUACAACUCCCCCGACGCCUGGAAGGAUCUCCACGGACACCUCAAGAAUGGCACCGGCGACCACGGCAGGGAUCCGGUCGCCACCCAGGAUGGCAGGCAUGGCAUCAUCGGCGCCAACCGGGAAGACCACUCUCGAUUCCGACGAGCCUUGUCGCACGGUUUCUCAGCGCAGUCCAUGCUGGAGCAAGAGCCCAUUGUCAAGAAAUACGUGGACCUGCUCUUCCAGCGUCUCCACGAGAAGUGUGCUGGGGGUGCCGAGGCUUUGAAUAUGGUCUCGUGGUAUAACUGGACAACUUUUGACGUCAUUGGCGACCUGGCUUUUGGCGAGCCAUUCCACUGCUUGGAUGAUUCCGGCUACCAUCCCUGGGUCAAGCUCAUCUUUGACGGGAUCAAGGGCAACUCUUUCAAGAACUGCAUGCGGCGAUUCCCGCCGAUCGAGAAGAUUUUAAUGCACUUCAUCCCGGCCGACAUCCGUAACAAGCGAGAGGAGCAUAUGGCACUCACUCAAGAGAAGGUUUCCAUGAGACUUGCCAUGGAGACUGAGCGACCAGACUUCAUGGAAUCUAUGCUGCGUACAAAGGGGCCUCAGAAACUCACCUUCGAAGAACUCAAGUCCAACUCCUCGGUCCUCAUUAUCGCCGGCUCGGAAACUACCGCAACAGCCCUGUCAGCGAUAACAUACUACCUCUGCACAAACCGCCAAGCUCUUGAGAAGCUCACCCACGAGGUUCGAUCGACCUUCAACUCCGAAGAAGACAUUGAAAUGGUCAGCGCACAGCAGCUUCAGUACAUGCAGGCAGUCAUGAACGAGGGCCUUCGAAUGUAUCCUCCAGUCCCGACAGGAAUCGUUCGCAAAGUCACCGACGAUGGCGGCGUCUUCUUGGGUCAAUAUGUGCCGAGCGGAACCCUGGUUCAGGUCUGGCAUUGGCCUGCCUUCCACAGCCCGGAGAACUUCACUCUUCCUGACUCAUUCAUCCCCGAACGUUGGCUCGAUGACGCUCGCUUCUCUGGUGACAAGAAGGAUGCGUUCCAACCAUUCUCGGUCGGUCCGAGAAAUUGUAUUGGCAGAAAUUUGGCCUACGCGGAAAUGCGUCUCAUUCUUGCAAGAAUGAUUUGGAACUUCGACAUGAAGCUAUCGGAGGAAAGCAGGGGCUGGGACGAGAAGAGUCAAGUCUACCUUCUUUGGGAAAAGGGCCCAGUCAAUGUUUACCUCACUCCCAGGGUGAAAGCCUGAGUACCACGAAUGGGAGGUUAUACUGAUACUUCGAAGGAAGUCUCGAUCACAGCAUUGAUUUGAAAAAGGCCAUUUGUGCGUGAUAGGUUCGCAUUGUGUUUCCCUUCGCGGGGCCAUGACUAGGCGUUUGAGGACCAUAACAUCUACAAGCUAC